CAGGAGCUGUUGUAGCCGGAAAAGCUGAAUUUAGCAGCCAUGAAGAUGACAGGGGAAGACGGAGCUGAGGGCUCCGAAAUAACAAUGGACGAUGUGAAGAACCUUAUUAAAAAGAAAGAUGAAAUUGAAGAGCAGAUAAAGGCUUAUCGCGAUGUCUUAGAAGAUCAAGGUGUCGGAGUUGAGGGUCCCCUUGUUGACGCUGAGGGUUACCCCCGAGCAGAUGUUAAUUUAUACAUGAUCAGGGACGCGAGGCACAGCAUCUCAUGUCUGCAGAAUGACCACAAAGCCAUCAUGGCACAGAUAGAAGAAGCUCUGCACAUGCUGCACGCUCGAGAGAAAGCAAAGAAGGAACGAGAUGAAGCAGCAAGUCAGGAGGAGCCGAUGGAGCAGCAGGUCACCCUGCGUCCUCCGUUUGCUCGAGUAGAUGCUGUCACCGUUGGCUCGCCUGCUUCAGGAGCUGGGCUCAAAGUAGGAGAUGAGGUGAUUGAGUUUGGCUCCGUGAACACAAGCAACUUUCAGAACCUGCAGAAUAUUGCUGCAGUGGUGCAACACAGUGAAGGAAAACCUUUACGGGUCGCCGUGAUCAGAAGUGGCCAAAAAGUUCAGAUGAGCCUGACUCCACAGCGGUGGUCCGGCAGGGGUCUGCUGGGCUGCAACAUCGUUCCAGUCCAGCGAUAAUCCACAGAACCGUUUUGGCAGAUUUAAACCUGGGAAUCUGAUUCUCCAUUUACUUCCCCGGGUGGUUUUUUUUACUCUUUACAGCAGAAGCUGGAUCUAUUUUCAUUUUUCAGUUUCAUAUUUUCUCCAUUCAGUGACUAAGAAAGGAAUAUGUCAAAGCAAAGGGGGUCAAACUGACCCGGCUACUAUGGAAGAACUGGAUAAACCCUUCUGUAAUACAUGGCUUUUGGGUUGAAGCUUUUCUUUCUAUGAGGAGCACGGAAGAUGAUGGGCGAUAUUAUUGCAGACAGGAUGCUUCAAUAAUUCCUGACCUGCGCGUGCAUAUGAUUAUUCUGAUUGAAUAAAAGAUGUUCAUGAAAAUC